AUGGUCGAUCUGUCAUUCACUUCGAUAUUCGAGGUAACAGUGAUAGUUUGUGUCUUGCUGAAUGUUGCAGCUUCCAAUCCUAAUGUGGAGGUAAAACCGGAACCUUCCGAAUCCGUACUUUCAGGUAAAAAUGAUGGCUCUGUCGAAGAACCUUCAAAAGCAGGAGUGGCCUGCUCUGGUAUAACUGUUUUGUCAAAAGCCCCACCGCUAAUGGGGGCGUCUGGGGAAAUUUCCAGAGCACUAGUGGUCUCUGUUAUAUCCUCUGUUCGAGUGCUCGUUUCCACUAGUGAAGUUCCUUUCUUGGUGACCGAUGUUGUUGGAGUAGCUUCUAUGUCUCCUAUUGGGAUUCUUGUCACAUCGGUACUUACAGAGCUAUGUUCAGAUGUUGAAGAAGAGCUAAUACUGCUUGUCUGA